AUGUUUUUUCCUCCUCCUUAUUAUUACAAAUAGUUUAUAAGUCCAAAAAGUUUUCCAGUACCUGACUUAGAUAAAGUGAGAUAACACAUAGAUGAUUAUUAUUCAUUUGGAGAAUUUCAUCAAGUAUUAUGAAAAAUUAUUAUUAGUUCAAAGAUUAUGAAGCUGAUUAAUUAUAGAUUUUAAAAGAGAAAUUAGCUGAAAAAAACAUCCAUGGAAAUUUAAAAUUAAAAUUAAAAGAAUUAAGCACCGAAAUUUUUGAAAUCUGUAUUAAACUACAAGAUUCAAUUGCUAAUGUAGAUAAUUAGCACAUAGAAUUAAAGAAUCAAUUACAUGAGAAUUAUGAACAAUUCAAUUUAAUAUGUUAAUUUAUUAAUAUGAAAUAAGUAUUUAUUUAUUAUAUGAUAUUAGAAAUAUAUCGAUUUAGAAGAAAUAUUUAAGAAUGAAUUAAUAAAACUUAACCAAAUAAAUAAGGAUAUGGCAGUUAAAAUUUAGGAAUUCUAAAAAUAAAUAGCUGAAUUAAAUUCUGAUUUUAUCACAUAUUGA